GUAGUUUGCAAAUGCGAAGCAAGUGGAGCAAGUAAAACGCAAAAUGUUGGCGAAAUAAGUUCGCGAACGUCUCGAACGUAACCGGUUACAUAUAAUAUACGAUAUUUCCCACAUUUUACUUGCGAAUUUUCCGCGCGGCGCGAGAAAAUCCCUGAAAAUAGCGCGGCGGAGUGUUUGGGGAAAAUGGCGCAACCGCCGCCAGAUCAAAACUUUUAUCACCAUCCGCUGCCCCACACGCACACACAUCCGCACUCGCAUCCGCAUCCACAUUCGCACCCACAUCAUCAGCAUCCGCAGCUCCAGUUGCCGCCACAAUUCCGGAAUCCCUUCGAUCUGCUUUUCGAUGAGCGAACGGGUGCGAUAAACUACAACUACAUACGUCCGUAUCUGCCGAACCAGAUGCCCAAGCCAGAAAUGUAUCCCCCAGAGGAGCUGCCCGACUCCCUGGUGAUGCGGCGACCCCGUCGCACCCGCACCACCUUCACCAGCUCCCAGAUCGCCGAGUUGGAGCAGCACUUUCUGCAGGGGCGCUACCUCACGGCCCCCCGAUUGGCGGAUCUGUCGGCCAAGCUGGCUCUGGGCACUGCCCAGGUGAAGAUCUGGUUCAAGAAUCGCCGGCGUCGUCACAAAAUCCAGUCGGAUCAGCACAAAGAUCAGUCGUACGAGGGCAUGCCCCUGUCGCCGGGCAUGAAGCAGAGCGAAGGCGAUCCGCCCAGUCUGCAGACCCUGAGCUUGGGCGGAGGAGCCACGCCCAACGCCUUGACCCCAUCGCCCACUCCCUCGACUCCCACAGCCCACAUGGCUGAGCACUACGGCGAGUCCUUCAACGCCUACUACAACUACAAUGGAGGCCACAACCACGGCCUGACCAAUCGCCACCCGCACGGGCAGUACCCAUCCGGAGGAGGAGCACCAGGAUCAGCUACUGGUGGCCAGUUCUUCCAGCAGCAGCAGGGACACGUCCAUCACCACCAGCAGCAGCUGCACUCCCAGAGCAACCACGUGCCGCUCCAGAUGCAACAGCCGCAAACGGCUCAGCAGCAGCAGCAGUACCAUCACUUUGACUUCCAGCAAAAGCCAGCUAGCGCCUGCCGCGUCCUGGUCAAGGACGAACCGGAGGCGGACUACAACUUCAACAGCUCGUACUACAUGCGAUCGGCCAUGUCUGGCGCCACUGCCUCCGCAUCGGCUUCGGCACGCGGCGCUGCCUCGCCGGGCUCCGAGGUCUACGAGCCAUUAACACCCAAGAAUGACGAGAGUCCCAGUCUGUGCGGCAUCGGCAUUGGCGGACCCUGCGCCACCGCCGUUGGCGAGACGGAGGCCGACGAAAUGGACGACGGAACGAGGAAGAAGACGACGCUACAGAUCUUGGAGCCUUUGAAGGGUCUGGACAAGAGCUGCGACGAUGGCAGCAGCGACGACAUGAGCACCGGUCUAAGAGCUUUGGCAGGAUCCGGAAAUCGCGGCACAGCCUUUGCCAAGUUUGGCAAACAUUCGUCCCCACAGGGAUCUCAGCCGCCCCUCGGAAUGGGAUUGGGCGUGGCCAUGUCCGAAUCGAACCAAUAUCAAUGCACGAUGGAUACGAUAAUGCAAGCGUAUAAUCCGCAUCGUAACGCCGCAGGCAACUCGCAGUUCGCCUACUGCUUCAAUUAGCCUGGACAAGCGGCGUCCCAGAGAGUUUAAGUAGCUUUAGGUUAACCACUGUUGUUCCUGAUUGUACAAAUACCAAGUGAUUGUAGAUAUCUACGCGUAGUAAGUUAGGCCUAGUCUUAAGAUCCGUGUAAAUUGUUCUUGGCGUCAGGUUAAUGUACUAGCCUAGUCAGUGGCGACAUGGAGUUCAGUGUCUCUUGUAGUGAUACUAUAUUUUUAGUCCAAACUUCCCCCGCAAUACGCUCGUUGCUUCGAUUGCGCUGGUUUGCUGUUCCACUAAAGCCCAGGAACAUCCAACCAGACCCAUUCGAGGCUUUUGGGCUUGAGCCUAUUCCAGGGAAAGUUCACACCCACACCUCAAUUCCCCGCCAGCAAAUAAAUAUUUUCUGGAGCAAUUUGACAUAGCUAAAAACUGUACUAAUCGAAAUGAAAAAUGUUUCUCUUGGGGGUAAUCAAGAUCCACGAUUACCCCUUAAAGAUUGAACAUUUAAACAAUAAUAUUCGAUAUGAUAUUUUCAAUUUCUAUGCUAUGCCAAAGUGUCUGACAUAAUCGAACAUUUGCACAUUCUUUCACCAAGAAUCGUUAGCAAAUUGUUUCAUCAACAAAUGCAGACCACUUGUUCUAGUCACACUGAUUUAUUUGCUGCCUACGGAAUAAUUUACCUAUCCAUUUAUUUUAUUUUAUCACUACAAUUGCAAUGAAAUCUGUUAAGCCUCAUAUUAUUUUUAGAACGGUGCACCUUUGAUGUUGUCUCUUUAAGUUUUAUCUAUAUCGUUAUGAGAAAAUAUAAGAACUACUCUACUAGAGUAAGCUGUGACUAAGUACAUAAAUUUAGAAAUUUCGAAGGGCACGUAGAACCUAUCUCCGUCUCUUUCCAGGAUGAACGAAAACAGUAUCUGGUUUUCCCGAAAAUCUUAUGAAUUUAAAAAUGCACUUUAUGGCACAUACUCACACAUGCCUGCCAUAAAAUGUGAUUCGCGA